AUGUCUUCCCAUCGGCCCAACGCCUUCAAUAGCCUCAGAAUGGGUGAGGUGAUACGCGAAAAAGUGCAGGACGGCAUCACAGGGGAGACGAAGGACUUACAAUAUACGCAAUGCAAGAUUGUCGGGAAUGGAUCCUUCGGUGUAGUCUUCCAGACGAAACUCUCGCCGUCCGGUGAAGAUGCAGCGAUCAAGCGCGUGCUACAGGACAAGCGCUUCAAGAACCGCGAGCUCCAAAUCAUGCGGAUCGUGCGCCACCCGAACAUUGUCCAGCUAAAAGCCUUCUACUACUCCAACGGGGAUCGUAAGGAUGAAGUGUACCUCAACCUUGUUCAGGAAUUCGUUCCCGAAACGGUUUACAGGGCCUCUCGCUUUUUCAACAAGAUGAAGACGACCAUGCCCAUCUUGGAAGUCAAGUUGUACAUCUACCAGCUGUUCCGCGCGUUGGCCUAUAUCCACUCCCAGGGCAUCUGCCACCGAGAUAUCAAGCCCCAGAACUUGCUCCUCGACCCUGAGUCCGGUAUCCUCAAGCUCUGCGACUUUGGGAGUGCCAAGAUCCUUGUCGAGAACGAGCCCAAUGUCUCGUACAUCUGCUCCCGCUACUACCGCGCUCCCGAGCUUAUCUUUGGCGCAACGAAUUACACAACCAAGAUUGAUGUAUGGUCAACUGGCUGUGUCAUGGCGGAGCUCAUGCUCGGUCAACCGCUGUUCCCUGGCGAGUCGGGCAUAGAUCAGCUCGUGGAAAUCAUCAAGGUCCUGGGUACGCCAACGAGGGAGCAGAUCCGGACGAUGAACCCCAACUACAUGGAACAUAAAUUCCCGCAGAUCAAGCCGCACCCGUUUAACAAAGUGUUCCGCAAGGCCGACGGGAAUGCCAUUGACCUGAUUGCCCGCUUGCUGGAGUAUACCCCUCCUGAGAGGCAGUCAGCAAUCGAUGCCAUGGUUCAUCCAUUCUUUGACGAGCUUCGCGACGCCAACACCAAGCUCCCUGACUCGAGGCACGGUUCCGGGCAAUUGAGGGACCUGCCCAACUUGUUCGACUUUUCCAAGCACGAACUGUCAAUUUGCCCCGAGCUCAACCACCGCCUUGUACCAGCGCACAUGCGCCCUGUUCUGGCUUCCAAAGGCCUUGACAUUGACAACUUCACACCUCUGUCUCGGGCCGAGAUGAUUGCCAAGCUCGAUUGA